CUCCUGUUCUUCAGUGACAUCAUAUAUGGGCUGACUGCUUUAAGUCUAGGCAUGCGUUUGUUUAAGAAACACACCCAAGUGUGCUGUAUAUGGAAGCAAGGUCUCCUGUUGCUGGAGAGUGCAUUUCAGCAUGCAAAGGCAAGGCAAAGCAGCUUCAAAAUAUCUCCAUCUUUCCUGGAGCAGAAGAAAAUGAUUUUGAUAUGUGGUUCUCUUAUUAAACCAAAUGGGGUGAUACGUAUUUGGAUGUAAUCUAUGGCAAGAGAAAGCAGCGGUUCUCCCUAGAACUACGCAGAUUACCAGACAAUUGCUCUGGCACCAGGAGGAGAAUCUACACAAAAAAGGGUCUGUGGAUUUUUAUGGUUCUUCAGAAGAAAAAGCCAUUACAAGCUUACUUGAAAAUGAAGGCAUUCUCAUGGACUUUGAGUUUGCUGUUGCUUCUGUUACUACCAAAUGGACACUACACAAAACAGCUGAAACUCAAAAACACUCUCAGACGAAACCCACGUUCUACAGAAGGGGGAGAAGAAGGGAAAAAGUGUGGCUAUACAUUUAUUGUCCCUGAACAAAAAAUAACCGGACCAAUUUGUGUCAACACCAAAGGACCAGGGCCAGAGAACAAAAAAGAUGAAAUUACUAGAAUGGACAUUGAGAAUCUGAAGGAUGUAUUAUCCAAACAAAAGAGAGAGAUUGAUCUCUUGCAGCUUGUGGUGGAUGUGGAUGGGAAUAUAGUAAAUGAAGUAAAACUGUUGAGAAAAGAGAGCCGCAACAUGAAUUCCAGGGUUACUCAGCUGUACAUGCAACUUCUGCACGAGAUAAUCCGCAAACGGGACAAUUCACUUGAGCUUUCCCAGCUGGAAAACAAAAUCCUCAAUGUCACAACUGAAAUGCUGAAAAUGACUACAAGGUACAGAGAACUGGAAGUUAAAUAUGCAACACUAACUGAUCUUGUAAAUAAUCAGUCAGUCAUCAUCUCGCUGUUGGAAGAGCAAUGUCUGCGGAUAUUCUCUCGCCAGGACACACAUGGCUCUCCUCCUUUAGUUCAAGUGGUCCCUCACCACAUUCCUAACAGUCAACAAUACACCCCUGGGCUCCUGGGAAGUAAUGAAAUUCAAAGAGAUCCAGGCUAUCCUAGAGACAGAGAUGUAAGGCCACCUCCUGAUCCUGCUACUUCUCCUACAAAAAGCCCUUUCAGGAUCCCACCGUUAACGUUAAUCAAUGAAGGUCCAUUCAAAGAUUGUCAAGAAGCAAAACAAGCUGGCUACUCCAGCAGCGGGAUUUAUAUGAUCAAGCCUGAAAACAGCCAUGGACCUGUGCAAUUAUGGUGCGAGAACAGCCUUGAUCCUGGGGGCUGGACAGUUAUACAAAAAAGAACAGAUGGUUCUGUGAACUUCUUCACAAACUGGGACAAUUACAAGAAAGGAUUUGGAAAUGUCGCUGGAGAAUACUGGCUGGGACUGGAAAAUAUUUACUUACUUUCCAAUCAGGACAAUUACAGACUUCUGAUUGAGUUAGAAGACUGGAGUAAUAAGAAAGUCUAUGCAGAAUACAGCAGUUUCCGACUGGAACCAGAAAAUGAAUUCUAUCGAUUGCGUCUAGGCACUUAUCAAGGGAAUGCUGGUGACUCCAUGAUAUGGCACAAUGGGAAACAAUUUACAACACUGGACCGAGACAGAGAUAUGUACACAGGAAACUGUGCCCAUUUUCAUAAAGGAGGUUGGUGGUACAAUGCCUGUGCUCAUUCUAACCUCAAUGGAGUAUGGUACAGAGGAGGACAUUACAGAAGCAAGCACCAGGAUGGAAUUUUUUGGGCUGAGUACAGAGGCGGAUCAUACUCACUAAAAGCAGUUCAGAUGAUGAUCAGACCCAUUGAUUGAGAUGCUCAAAAACAUUUUCAAAAUAUUCUCUUGAACUUCAAACUGAUGUUACAUUUUGAGUUGAUUGCAAGCCCUACAAAGUAUUAUUUUAAACAUUUCUUACUGUGAUAUUGUAUAUGAUAAUUAUGCAAGUUCUAAUUGCUCACAAAGGAAGCAGGAUUCUGCAUUUAAAAUAAAUUUAUGUUAAUACAAGGUG